AUGUUCUCAUGUCUGCGUCCAUGUGCUAAAUUCCGUGCUUCGAAUUCUAUUCACUACAUCUAUCUCAUAAUGCCGCCACCGGCUUUCCAGUUUCGGGGAGGCAACCAGCGUUCUUUACAUCAGCCCAAAAAUGAAUUCACCUUUCGAUACCCGCGUCCGGGCACGUCAGAGAGGCCACUUCUACGAACACGUAGGGAAGUUACUCCGGAGCUACUUACAGGAUUCGAUGGAGGUGCCGAAAAACCUGCCAUGAAGUUUGCGCGAUUGGAGAAUCUCAGCGACAGCGAGGAAGCAGAGAUGGACGUAUCAUCAUCGGAUGACGAUGAAGAGACACAUCCUCGCAAGAAGCGCGCGCCGGAGAACGACACUGCUUCUUCUGCGGAAUUGGUUGCUGUAGUUGCGCCCACGCCGAAAUGGUCCAACCCUGAUCCUUACACUGCCCUACCGCCCCCAGAUGAGAGCCAAAACAAAAAGGUGGACGUGGUAAAGUUGAUACGAAAGGCGCGUCUUGCUGCUAGCGCAGCGCAGGCCGCGCAGACCGACGCUGUGGUUUCGAAUGAGGACUUCAUAUCCCUAGCUGGCUUGGUGGAUGAGAACGAGAUCAACAGGGCACCGGAAAAUGCACCCGCAGGCCCCAGAGCUGGGAACCGGAAGAGGACUCGUGACGAUGAGAUGAAGGGCUCGGCUAAAUCGAUCGGAAAACUGGGAAGCAGGUAUCCUCAAGACGGCUCGAUUCUGGAAGAAUGGAAAUCGCGGCAUUCCGAGUCAGGGUCUCCCUGGCUUACGCCACAACCCACAUUGAGUGUGGGCUCAAGACUUCAUAAUGAGAUUAUAUCUUUCUAUCACUGGGUGAAGCCCGUAUCCUACGAGCAGCUUGUGCGAGAAGAUCUUGUAGCAAGACUUCAGGCUGCCUUCCAAAACCGCUAUUAUGGCGUGCAGCUCCGGUCAUUCGGCUCCUUUGCUUCAGGGUUAUACCUCCCCACGGCGGAUAUGGACCUUGUUUUGCUCUCGACCAGUUUUAUACGCGCUGGCGUCAAAACUUUUGGCGAGAGAAAAGGGCAGAUUUAUGCCUUUGCUGCUUUUCUCAGGAACCUAAAUAUAGCUGUACCCGGAUCCAUCGAAACGAUUGCCCAUGCACGUGUUCCCAUUCUAAAGUUCGUGGACAAGUUGACUGGGCUCAAAGUGGACUUGUCAUUCGACAAUGACAGCGGGCUCAUUGCCAACAACACAUUUCAACAAUGGAAAUCGGAAUACCCUGCAAUGCCCGUUAUCGUCGCUGUUAUCAAACAGUUCUUGCUCCUUCGGGGCCUCAAUGAGGUUCCUACUGGCGGGCUGGGGGGAUUCUCUAUCACUUGCCUUGUGACAAGCCUUCUCCAACAUAUGCCGUACAGUAACAUGACACCAAACUUGGGCACCGUGUUGAUGGAGUUUUUCCACUUUUACGGUUAUCUCUUUGACUAUGAAUCAGUUGGAGUUCGUCUGAAUCCUCCAGGCUACUUUAACAAGGUUAGUGCUCUUCCAUUGGAACCCCAACAGUCGCUGACUAGUAUAUUAGCGAGUCUACAACAAAGAUAA